GUGAACCAGAAUUGAAAUGGCUCGUACCAAGCAAACCGCGCGUAAAUCAACUGGAGGAAAAGCUCCUCGCAAGCAGCUGGCCACUAAGGCGGCUCGCAAGUCAGCUCCAACUACCGGAGGUGUCAAGAAACCACAUCGUUAUCGUCCAGGAACCGUCGCUCUUCGUGAGAUUCGUCGUUACCAAAAGUCCACCGAGCUUCUCAUCCGCAAGCUUCCAUUCCAACGUCUUGUUCGUGAAAUCGCUCAAGAUUUCAAGACCGAUCUCCGUUUCCAAUCCGCCGCCAUCGGAGCUCUGCAAGAGGCUUCUGAGGCCUACCUCGUUGGGCUCUUCGAAGACACCAACUUGUGCGCAAUCCACGCCAAACGUGUCACCAUCAUGCCAAAGGACAUCCAGCUUGCUCGACGCAUCCGUGGAGAACGUGCAUAAACGUUGAGCUGUUUCGCCAAUCUCUCUGAAUAAUCUAUUAUGUAUCUCUCAAUGUACUAAAAUCUUCCAUCUCUUAACUUAAUCUCUCUUUUAUUCUAGCCGAGAGUGCAUGUUAUUCUAUGUUAUUUUUUUUACAAAAAAGUAAUAAACGUAAAUAUUUUGUG